AUCUGUGAGUUCCUGCUCCGCUCUCUUCACAGGUGUAAGUUGUUCCGACGAUGAUGAAAAGCCUCGCAAACGAAGACGCACCAACUCGUCCAGCUCGUCGCCGGUGUUGCUGAAGGAUGUGACCAAGGUGUCGCCGUCGGUGUCUAAGAACAUCACGGUGCCGGUGAGCGGCAGCCCCAAGAUGAGCAACAUCAUGCAGAGCAUCGCCAACUCCCUCCCCCCUCACCUGUCCCCCGUCAAAAUCACCUUCACCAAACCCGCCCUCCAGACCACCAGCACCACCACACAGAAGGUGAUCAUCGUCACGACUUCCCCGAGCUCCGGCUUUGUGCCCAACAUCCUGUCUAAGUCUCACACCCAUAACGCCGCCGCCAUGGCCAAGCUGGGCUCCACCUCCAUUCUAACCACCCCCACCCAGAAACAGACGGUGGUUUUCCCGGCCAGCUCCAGUCCCUCCAGCACCGUAGCCGUGACGACGGUGGUCUCCUCCACUCCAUCAGUGGUGAUGUCCACUGUGGCACAAUGGGUGAAGAUAAUCACCCAGCAGGUGCAGCCCAGUAAAAUCCUGCCUAAACCUUCCUCUGUGGCUCUGUCCAGCAGCAGCUCUUCACCCAUUAUGGUAGUCAGCAGCAAUGGCACCAUCAUGACCACCAAACUGGUCACCCAGCCCACAGCGACUCAAACUACAUACACAAGACCCACAGUUAGUCCCAAUAUUGGUGCCAGAAUAUCAGCGUCCAGUGGAGGGACCACCUACGUCAAGACCACUAGUGGCAGCAUCAUCACCGUGGUCCCGAAGUCUCUGGCCACUUUGGGAGGGAAGAUCAUCAGCAGCAAUAUUGUGUCCGGAACAACCACGAAGAUCACCACCAUCCCCAUGACGUCGAAGCCCAACGUGAUAGUGGUGCAGAAAACUACAGGCAAAGGAGCCACCAUCCAAGGACUGCCAGGCAAGAAUGUGGUCACAACGCUGUUAAACGCUGGGGGAGAAAAGGGGCUGCAGGCAGUUCAGGGGACCAAACCAGCCAUUAUCACCACCUCCAGGCCCAUCACCAAGAUGAUCGUCACCCAACCCAAAGGCAUGAGCUGUGGAUCUCAGUCCACUGCCACCAAGAUCAUCCCAACCAAGAUCGUUUACGGCCAGCAGGGAAAAACACAGGUGAGCCAAACAGUCCUAGAAGAAGCACCAUGAACUGAGAAGACUAAC